GGAAUUGUGACAACCGGAAAAGCCAGCCACUAGUAAGCGCAGUGUCGGCGAUGGAACUGGUUGUUAUUAAACGAACAUGUUUGGAAUGAAGACGACGUACUUAGUUAACGAUUUGUAAACGGAGCUUUGUCGCACGUUUCCGCGUUUUUCUACGACGUGCGCAACGCUGAUUUAGUUAGCUGGACGUCACUUCAGCCACAGUGAAGCGUUCAGCUUGGCGUCGUUAGCAUCUUUGACAGCUAACAUUGAUAACACUUCGUCGUCCAUUACGGUAAGACACGGAGUGGCAGCGAUCGGUUUUGUUUUUCCCCUUCCCUGGCAUCGCUUGUGGCAGCGUGACGCGACCGUUGCUGAAUGUGCGGGGACGGAAGGGAAAGCAAUAGCAGCUCCAGCUAGCGCGCUAGCUAUGGCGAGAGCUUUCUUCAUUUGUAGCCUUCUCCUCGUCGCCUUCGCCUGCGGAAUCACAGCUGACGACGCGGACGACAGACCAGAGCUGAAGUCCUACCACGAUCCCGAAUCGGAAGAGGAUGACGUCCCUUUGAACUCCAAAACGGCAACGCCCCCUUCUUCUUCUUCUUCUUCUCCUCCCGUCGCCGCCGCUCAGAAUGUGCCAGAAGAAGAGAAGCCGCCGGGAGACGUUCUGCCGGGAGAAGAGAAGGAGGACCUGCCAGAGCAGCACGUAAAAGUAGAAAAACCCAAAGAAGUUCCCGUGGUGAACGGCGGCACGGCCGACGGGGAGCCGUGCGUCUUCCCCUUCCUCUUCCAAGGCGACGAGUACUCGGACUGCACCACCAACGGCCGAGGGGACGGGCGGCUGUGGUGCGCCACCACCUACAACUACGACCGCGACAAGAAGUGGGGCUUCUGCGAGACCGAGGAGGAGGCGCAGCUGAGGCUGCAGGCGGAGGAGGCGGAGGACGAGUACCAGACCUUCCUGCACAUGCUCAACGGCACCACCAGGAAGAGCCAGAGGAAAGCGCUGUACGAAAAGUUGCUGAAAGUGGCGGAGGGAGGCCACCAGCGGGCCAUGGAGAAGGUGGCGUACGCGAUGUUGUUCGGCGACUACAUGAGUCAGAACAUCAGCCGGGCCAGGGACAUGUUUGAGAAGCUCGCCGUGGACGGCUCCCCCAAAGCGCAGACGGCUCUUGGAUUUCUGUAUGCUGCAGGACUUGGCGUGAAUUCCAGUCAAGCAAAGGCUUUGGUCUACUACACUUUCGGCGCCCUGGGAGGGAACCUGAUCGCUCACAUGAUUCUGGGCUACAGAUACUGGGGCGGUGUGGGGGUUCCCCAAAGCUGCGAGUCUGCGCUGACGCACUACAAACUGGUGGCCAAUCAGGUGGCCAACGACGUGUCGCUGACGGGGGGCUCGGCCGUGCAGAAGAUCCGGCUGCUGGACGAGCUGGAGAACCCGGGGUCCACCAGCGGCAUGCUGGAGGAGGACCUGAUCCAGUACUACCAGUUCCUCGCCGAGAAAGGGGACGUGCAAGCGCAGGUCGGACUGGGCCAGCUUCACCUGCACGGAGGACGGGGCGUAGAACAGAAUCACCAGAGGGCGUAUGACUAUUUCAACCAGGCAGCCGAUGCGGGAAAUACACAUGCCAUGGCGUUUCUGGGCAAGAUGUACAGUGAAGGAAGCGACUUCCUGCCUCAGAACAACGAGACGGCCCUGAAAUACUUCAAGAAAGCUUCAGACCUGGGUAACCCAGUGGGCCAGAGCGGCCUCGGCAUGGCCUACCUGUACGGACGAGGUGUCUCGGUGAACUACGAGCUGGCGCUGAAGUACUUCCAGAAGGCCGCCGAACAGGGCUGGGUGGACGGGCAGCUGCAGCUGGGCACCAUGUACUACAACGGCAUGGGCGUCAAACGCGACUACAAGCAGGCGCUGAAGUUCUUCAACCUGGCCUCGCAGGCGGGCCACAUCCUGGCCUUCUACAACCUGGCGCAGAUGCACGCCACCGGCACCGGCGUCAUGCGCUCGUGUCACACGGCAGUUGAGCUGUUCAAGAACAUGUGCGAGCGCGGCCGCUGGUCCGAGCGCCUGCUGACGGCGUACGGCAGCUUCAAGGAGGGCGACAACGACGCGGCGCUGGUGCAGUACCUGCUGCUGUCCGAGCAGGGCUACGAGGUGGCCCAGAGCAACGUGGCCUUCAUUCUGGACCAGAAAGGCGCCAAGAUCUUCAACGAGAACGAGACUUAUCCCCGGGCUCUGCUCCACUGGACGAGAGCCGCCGCUCAAGGUUACACAGUAGCCAGGAUCAAACUGGGCGACUACCACUUUUACGGUUUCGGGACCGACGUGGACUACGAGACGGCCAUCAUCCACUACCGGCUGGCCUCGGAGCAGCAGAACAGCGCUCAGGCCAUGUUCAACCUGGGUUACAUGCACGAGAAGGGACUGGGGAUCAAACAGGACAUCCACCUUGCUAAGCGUUUCUACGACAUGGCGGCAGAGGCCAGCCCUGACGCCCAGGUGCCGGUCUUCCUGGCUCUGUGCAAGCUCGGCCUGGUCUACGUCCUGCACUACAUGCAGGACCUCAAUCCGAGGGAGCUGGUCUCUCAGGUGGACCUGGACCAGCUCCUGGGCCCCGAGUGGGACCUCUACCUCAUGACGGUCAUCGCACUGCUUCUCGGCACCGUCAUCGCCUACCGCCAGCGCCAGCACCAGAUCAUGAUGCCCCCUCGGCCCCCCGCGCCUGCGCCCGCGCCGGCGCCGCCUCCCCCCGCGGCCGAGACCCCGCAGGAGCAACCGCGAGCCGCGGCCGAGGAAGAGCAGCGGCAAUGAGAACAGGUGGGAUCGGACAAACACUCGACGCGCCCGCACUCGGGCUCGCUUUGGAAGACUCGAAAUGGCCGCCGGCGUGUGCAGUUUCUUCAACGGAGAACACAGACGUGGGACUCCUGCGACUCGGGAGGGAACCAAAGACGCUCUGGGCUCCAAAUGAUCAAAGAAAAUAAUAACACUCUUCUAUUUUCAAAUUCAUGGGGUUGAGGGUUUUUUUUUUCGGGUUUUUUUUUUUCUCCCCUCAACAAACUUUUCUUCAGGCAUUUUUCAAUGGAUGUUCAGUAGUUCCAGAAAUUGUAAAGCUAAACAAACUUUAAUUUAUGCAACAGAUGAAGAGAGAUAUUCCAGACUUUUUUUUUUUUUUCUGCCACAUUAUUUGACUUUAAUUCCUCAUAUGCAGUGAGGACAAUAAGUAUUUGAACACCCUGCGGUUUUGUAAGUUCUCCUACUUUGAAAUCAUGGAGAGGUCUGACUUUUUUUUUUUUUUUUUUAUCUUAAGUGCACGUCCUCUGGAAGUUUUUCUAAUAAUUAUCGCUCCAAAUGAGCAUUUCAAAUCAAUAUUAGUAUUUGGUACAUUAGCCUUUGUUUUCAAUUCCUGAGGUCAAAUGUUUUCCACCUAACCUAUCAGGCAGGUUUCUGGGCUGUUGCUGAGAAACGCAGAGUUUGAGGCUCCCUCCAAAGAUUUUUGAUGGGGUUUAGGUCUGGAGACUGGCUUGGCCUCGCCAAGACCUUGAACUCACGGAGCCACUUUUUAAUGAUCCUGGCUGUGUUGUUCGUUUUGGAAGACGCAGCUUCAAUCCUCUUAACUGAAGGAAGGAAAUUGUUCCCCAAAAUGACUUUUUAGAGGCGGACUAACGGGUCUUUGCGGGCCAGAAUUUUUGAAAUACUUAUUUGCACCACAAGCAUACAAAUAAAUUGAGAAAAACGUACAUUGUGAUUUAUGGAUUUAUUUUUUUUCUUUCAUUCUUUUUCUUUCAGUGGACGUGCACAGAAGAUGAAAAUUUCCGACCCCUCCACAAUUUCAAAGAGGGAGAACCUGCAAGUUGGC